GUAGGAGCGAGGGUGCCGCGCGGACGAAGACGAUACUUUGGUAGCCUGAUGUCUUCGCUGGGUUGUGCUUUGCUAUUGGGAGUGACAGGUGCUGCGAGCUCCUCAUCCGCGGUGAGAAGCAGCUCGUGCUGACAGAGGUCCCACUCGACCUUACCGCGCUGGUGCAGAUCAUGAGGUCCACCGCACAAUUGCUCUCUUCAGGCCGUGUUCUGCCUAAAAACGCGCACCAACUGGCGAAGCUGCAAGCCUCCAUUGCUCGCCGACAGAACAUCGUCGAUGCGAGCAUGCGGACCAUGACCACGAAGGACGCAUCCACACCGUCCGACGCCAAAUCAGACGUCAAGCCCACCACGCAUUACAGGAUCACAUUGCGGAGAUCUGGAAUUGGAAUGCCCUCCAAAAUACGCAACAUACUCUCCUCCAUGGGCCUCAAUAAGCGUUUGCAGACCAUCUAUCGAUUGCAAAGACCAGAAGAAGCCGGCAACAUUCUGGCCGUGAAGGAGCUUGUGCACGUCGAUACCGUAAGGAGAUUGGAUGGAGGCAUGGAAGAGCCGCUGCGAAAAUAUACACAAAGCGGGUUCGAGGCGCUUAGUCAAGAGGAGGUCGAUGCUAUUUCAGUCAGCAACGAAGAUGCCAUCUGGGUGGAUCAAAAGGGAGAAGUGGUGGAUUGGGGUUACAAAGGAAGAAGAGCUCCUCGAGGGUAUACGGUGGUCGGUAACCUCGGCGAUGAAAAGAGGCAUGCCGAAAUCAAACAGGGGCUGCAAGGGUCGCAGUGAAGAUUGAUCCGCAAUGUACAUCCGUCGUCUUCUCUCCGAACCCGCUUUCCCGAAUACAGGGCUACAUGUGCAAGCGCCCGAGUCGAAUUUGUGUGCCGAGAUCGAAGAACAAGAAGGCGUGGUCGUAUUAUCAGGCUCUGCUGAAUGUCUUAGACUGUUGCACCAAGUCUAGCUGCCUUCUUGGCGGCGUAGACCGCGCGCACUUCCUC